AUGGGCGAUACUACACAGUUCUUUGUUGGCAAGCGCGGUGUUCAGAAAGCGGGGUCCGUAGAUAAAGUCAUGGCUACGACAGGUGACACUCCAGGGAAAGCGGAGAUGGUGUCGAAAGAUCUCAAGCUUAAGCUCCUCCGGAAGCUCAUUGAAGCGAUCGAAUUUGACAUCAGUGUCGGAAGAGGUAGUGGAGAGGAUUAA